GGGGGGACUUGCGCAGAAACGCUCACAAGCGUAUUUCCUUGUCGCUCGACAUUCGCUUGUAAUCUAGCAGACAGCGAGGUGCCUUAAAACAGUGGUGUAGUGUUGUACGUGCUUAGCGACCUUCCCCGCAGAUCUCAGCUGUAGAUUUCCCUAACUCAACAUUGUAACGACAAAAUGGUGACGGGAGUAGCGGGCGUGGUUAACCUACUGUUGUGGGGGAGUUUUGGCCUAGUUGCAGAGGUUGGGUGCUCUUGGGCGUGGGAAUGGGACAGGGAUAAUUAUUCUCCCAUCAACAGGCACUCGAGAAUACCCCACGUAGGCGUGAGACGCUCCAUUUACGACAGGUUCUGGGGAGAAACCACUCCCAACAAUCCUUUCCUGCCAACACGCCCUUCAGCACCAAGGAUUCUCCCUCGACUGAGUGAGAAUGACUUCAUCGUCAGAGAUGAUGACUACGACGAGGACCUCAGAAACUCUCACUGGUUCCCACAGACACACCACUCUGGUCAACAGACUCAGUCCCUGGCAGAACUACAACACCUCUUAGAAGGGAAGCUUGGGCCUAUUGAUAAUCCUACACCACCAGAGCAACGUAAGAAACCAGCUAUGGUCCCCCAUAAGGAUGAGAAGGAGAAGAAGCAGAGAACCAAACAAAUAAAGUAUCGACAGCGUUUCAGCCAAGACUCUGCCCCAUCCUCUCCUGAAGCAGACAGUUCCAGGUCUUUGCCCGAGAGAGGCGAAGGCCUUCCCCAGCUCCCAGACUUCGGGACAGGUGCCUUCGCCCACGAUGGCCAUUUAGUGGCUGAUGAUCAGCAGUUCAGUAAGGAUAUCCUUCAAGAGUUCCAAGAGCCUUUGAGCAUGCAAGAGCAUUUUACUAACAGCAAGCAGUUCCCAAAAGAUUUCAUCUCUCCUGAACAGCUACCCCGAGAUUUUGGGGUUCAGGAGUCAUCAUCCAAUGACCGCCUAACAACUGACCCUUUCGUCAGUGAAUUGGAAAACCAAAAUUCACCCUUUCAAGAACAUAUUCUUCUUAGUCCUUUAUCGAAUAGCGACUUCCAGAACUCAGAUCACUUGCUAAAUUUGCACUCUGAUCAGACGUUAGGCGAAGUAGAUCUACCACAGAUCUUCCCAGAUUUGGGAAUACUGAGAAAUCUCGAUCAGCAAGGCAGUUUCAUUCACCAAGACAGUCUCGGACACCUUGAUAUGCCGAACUCUCAGAGUCCUGACAUCCUUCGAGAGACUGGAGACGGGCUCGAGUGGCUACCGCCUUCUUUGUCAGAACUGAAUUUGCCUUCUCACAAUCAGAUGAUCGCCACACUUGAGCAACAAAAGCUUUCAAAGGAGGCCCAUCGAGGUACUCGAACUAUUAGAUCCUCUAAUCCCGAUCCAGAUGCCUGCCACGCCCGUAAUCUCCAUUCCUGCGGGUCGAGACUGAUCGACGAAUUCGCCUUUGGACCGGAUAACCAGACAAGUGCAGAAUACGAGAGGAGUUCCUGGACUGCAUGGAGCAGGUGAUGAAGCUCCCCUGCGAGCUCCACGGGGAGCGCUACAGCCGGGAGGGGACGAAGCUCAUCCGAGAUAAGAUCAAGACGCUCCUGUGGUCGGCACAAGGAUGUAUCCUGGGGUACUCCACAUAAAAAUGGAGUCGGCAAAAUUCGUUCCAGUUUUCGCCUAGUGCCACGUCGUCGGUUACACAGAGACAAACAGAAAAAUGGCGCUACGGCAUUUAUUUAAAAAAAAUACAUAUAAGCCACUUUCAGAGAUAUAUUUAUUUAAGGGUUUAAUCUGAUGUUCUUCUUCUCGUGACAUUGGGAAUAUUCAGGUGAAAGAUGCAGUGCGGAUGGAAACAGUGAUUUUUGAACUUUACAAUGUGACUGAGCGCUAAAAAAAAAAGAAGAAACAUAUCAUAUUUAGCCUAGAAAAUACUUUAAUGGCGCAUUUAAUAUAAUUGAUGAGUAUGUAUGUAUGUA